AUGAUGCACCCGACACUGGGCGCGCCCCUCGCGGCCGCCCUCCUCGCCCUCCCCCAGCUGGCUUCUGCCUUCUACCUCCCUGGUGUUGCGCCAACGUCCUACGAGAAGGGCGAGAAGGUCCCGCUCAACGUAAACAGCAUCAAGCCCGUCGCCGCCAUUUCCGAUUCGAGGUUACACUCGGUCGUCUCGUACGAGUACUACCACCCUGCCUUCAAGUUCUGCCAGCCCGAAGAGGGGCCCCAAUCCGUUUCCGAGAGCCUAGGCAGCAUCCUCUUUGGGGAUCGUAUAAUGACGUCUCCUUUCGAGCUGCUGAUGCUCAAGGACGAAACGUGCAAGCCUCUCUGCAUCAAGAAGUACCCGCCGCCCGCUGUCGGCUUUAUGAAGCGCCGCAUCGAGCAGGGCUACAGCCUCAACUGGCUCGUGGACGGUCUCCCUGCGGGCCAGCAGAUCCAGGACGACUUUACCAACACAACCUUUUACAACCCGGGGUUUCUCAUGGGCGGCGUUGAUGAAGACGGCAAUAUCGUCUUCAACAACCACUACGACAUCAACAUUGAGUACCACCCCGUCAGCGGAAGCACCAACCAGUACCGCGUCGUCGGCGUCAUCGUUGAGCCCAGCUCGCGCGCCUACCCCAACUUGAUCGACUGCAACAACCCGAUGGACCCCAUCGUCUUCGAAGAAGAUGGCAGCGAGAAGGAGGUCAAAUUCUCUUACAGCGUCUACUGGACCAAAUCUGAAACCGCCUGGGCAACGCGCUGGGACAAGUAUCUUCACGUCUUUGAUCCCAAGAUUCACUGGUUCUGGCUGAUCGACACUGCCAUCAUUGUCGUCAUCCUCAUCGGCACCGUGGCCUCGAUUCUGGUGCGCGCCCUGAAGAAGGACAUUGCGCGCUACAACCGCCUCGACCACAUCAACCUCGAUGACCUUUCGGGCACCGGCAUCGACGAAGACGAUGGCGUACAGGAGGACUCUGGCUGGAAGCUGGUGCACGGCGACGUGUUCCGCACCCCCAAGUACCCCCUGCUGCUUUCCGUACUGCUCGGCACCGGUGCCCAGCUGUUCGUCAUGACAGGCUUCACCAUCUGUUUCGCCCUGCUCGGCUUCCUCUCUCCCUCCAACCGUGGCUCUCUCGGCACCAUGAUCCUGCUGCUGUACACCGUCCUCGGCUUUGUCGGCGGCUACGUCUCGUCGAGGACCUACAAGGCCAUGCAGGGCGAGAAGUGGAAGGUCAACAUUGCCAUGACGCCGCUCCUCGUGCCCAGCAUUGUCUUCGCCUCCUUCUUCCUGCUUGACCUCUUCCUGUGGGCCAAGCAGUCCUCGGGCGCUGUUCCCCUGACCACCAUGCUCAUCAUCAUUCUCAUUUGGUUCCUCAUCUCGAUCCCGCUGUCCGUCGCCGGCUCGUGGCUCGGCUUCCGCGCCAACGCCAUCGAGCCGCCCGUCCGCACCAACCAGAUCCCCCGCCAGGUGCCCCCUGUCACGACAUACCUCAAGCCCGUCCCUAGCAUGCUGAUCGUCGGUUUGCUGCCAUUUGGUGCCAUCUUCGUUGAGCUAUACUUUAUUAUGAGCUCAGUGUGGUUCAGCAGGAUCUACUACAUGUUCGGCUUCCUCUUCCUUUCGUAUGGCUUGAUGGUGGUCACCUGUGCGGCCGUCACGAUCUUGAUGGUUUACUUUUUGCUCUGCGCCGAAAACUACCACUGGCAGUGGCGCUCCUUCCUCGCUGCCGGAACCUGUGGUGGCUACAUUUUCGCCAACUCGCUGCUCUACCUUGUCACCAAGCUCAAGCUGGGCAGCUUGGCUGGCGGCGUUCUCUACAUUGGCUACAGCGCGCUCAUUUCCUUCCUAUUCUUCAUCCUCACUGGAUCGAUUGGCUACUUUGCGAGCUGGUGGUUCGUGCGCAGGAUCUACGCCUCCAUCAAGAUUGAUUAA